CAUGAACUCAUAUUCACCAGCAGCUCCCUGUCUUUUUCUGAGGUCAUUUCUGCGAGUGACGGGCAAUGAAACACGGCUCAGUCUUGCUUUUGCAGUUCCUUUUGGGAACAUGCUCUGCUUACACCUAUGAAAAUGUGGCCUUGCGUGGAAAAGCGACCCAGUCAUUCCGUUAUGACCACCCAUUUGGAUCCGCCUACAAUGCCAUCGAUGGAAACCGUGACUUUAACUUCAUGGCCGGCUCAUGCACCCACACCAUCGGCCAGACCAACCCCUGGUGGAGAGUGGACCUGCUGGAGUCCUACAUCGUCACCUCCGUCAUCAUCACCAACAGAGGAGACUGCUGUGCAGAGAGGAUCAACGGGGCAGAGAUUCACAUCGGCGACUCUUUACAGGAAAAUGGCAUCGCAAACCCACUGGUUGGUGUAAUUUCUCAUAUCCCAGCAGGCAGAUCUUUAAAAUUAACUUUUACUGAACUUGUGAAAGGACGUUAUGUGACUGUAGCUAUACCUGGCUCAGGAAAGGUCCUUACACUCUGCGAAGUGGAAGUCUACGGCUACCGUGCCCCGACUGGCGAGAACCUGGCACUCCAAGGAAAAGCCACGCAGUCGUCUCUGCAUUCCACAGGCUUUGCAUAUAACGCCAUAGAUGGGAAUCGUGCUAGCACCUGGAGCCAGGGUUCUUGUGUUCAUACAAACAAUGACUUCAACCCCUGGUGGCGAGUGGACCUGGUCAAAACCCACAAAGUGUUUUCUGUUAACAUAACCUCUUACAAAGAGUCUCACUUACGACUUGAUGGAGCUGAGAUCCGAAUUGGAGAUUCUCUUGAAAACAAUGGCAACAACAACCCCAGGUGUGCUGUGAUCUCAGGCCUCACUGGAGGUUUCACCGGAACCUUCCUGUGCAACGGGAUGGACGGUCGCUACGUGAACAUUGUCAUUCCCGGAAGAACCACACACCUGCUCCUGUGUGAGGUGGAGGUGUACGGCUCCAGACUGGAUUAGGUGUGUGGAGGUUCAACACUGAUAACAACGACCCUCAUGUUGCAGAUGUGGAAUUGAUGUUCUUGUACAGGCUUAGUGGCAAACACUUUUAGACGAGAGACAGUAGCAAUGUGGCUGAGAGCAUGUUAAUACUGCAAUAUAUUUUUCACCACUAGGGGGUGGAUGUACUCCUUAAUGAGCUGACAUUUGGAAUUGUUUAUGUGACUGCCUGAUGAAUGCAAAUCCAGUCUGUGAAAAUUAACAGAAAAUAGUUUUUCCUCCUAUGACAUGUGAAAAUAUCCAUGUAAAAAAGGCAUAUUAAAACUGAGGGUCUUGAAGCAAGGUUGAGUGAUGUAAUUUAGAAGCUCCUACCUGCUUG